UGAUAACGGCUUGGCUUGGUAAGGAUCCGAAAUCGCAAGCAAGCAAGCAAGAAAUCUCAAAAACAAAAAAAUCGCGAGACACAAGAACAAUCAUCACCUCCACAAGAUAUUGAAGAGAGAGGGGCGUCAUCUCGAAAUCAUCGGGUACCACGCCACCUUUCAUUCCAACUCCAGCUCUUCAUGCUGUACGAUUACAAAUACAUCCAUACUUCUUCUUCAAUAAAUUCGCCCACUCUUUUCUCCCGUCCUUUCUUUCUCCCAACAACAUACUGGUAAAGAGACAGACAGAGAGAAAAGAGUUCGCACUCUUGAAAAUCCUUCAAAGAUGGCGUGGUCAAAGUCAACACGCAUUUCGGUCAUGCUAUUGAUCGAUGCCGUCUUUUUCAUCGUAGAAUUGGGUGUUGGUUUAUGGGUUGGAUCAUUGGCAUUAAUGGCAGAUGCCUUUCACAUGCUGAACGAUAUUAUCUCUCUCGCGGUUGGACUGUGGGCUGUGAAAGCUGCGCGAAGAAAUACCACGGAUAAAUAUUCUUUCGGAUUUUUAAGAGCAGAAAUCCUUGGCGCCUUUUUCAACGCCGUCUUCCUUAUUGCGCUUUGCGUAUCCAUUGUUCUCGAAGCCGUCGGACGUUUCUUCGACCCACCUGAGAUUAGUGAGCCAAAACUUAUACUUGUUGUUGGAUCGUUGGGAUUGGCAUCGAAUCUGGCUGGAUUCUUCGUAUUAGGUGGACAUGGUCAUUCUCAUGGCCCAGGGGAUGGUCAUUCUCACGACGAACUCGCCGAUGCGGAAGAAGGACAUGCGCAUGGUCAUAGUCAUGCCCACGAAAGCAACUACGAAACAUAUAGAGAUGAGGUCGACGAAGAAGCUGGAAAUGCAGGCGAAGUUUUCCCUGAAGCUGUUGUAGCAAAAGCUACCGCCAAACGACAAGUACAAUUUACCAAACCCGAUGAAGAUGCUUCGACAGCUCGCGAUAGCAGCAGCAUCAUGACUAGAUCGCCAAGCAGAAGUUCCAAGCAACACUCUCAUCGAAGACGAACGAGCAAGUCCCAAUUCUCUAGUUUGGAUAACCUAAGCAUCCACCCGGCAAGUUUCCGACAAGAUAUCAUCGCUGCAAGCAAGACACAAUUAGAUGGAAUUGAAAGCGAGGAUUCCAGUGAACCAGAUGACGACACCCAUGCCAGAUCUGGACCAGCACCGACUGAAAAUAGUCCUCUCCUUUCACACAAUCAUGACCACCACGCAGAUACUCAUGCUCAUAGCCAUGAUCACGACGACGCAGGCCAUCAUCACGAACAUCAUUCGAGCCGUCAAUCUAAGCAUGCGGCGCAUAAUCACAACAACAAAUCCAAGAAGAAGUCUGGUGGUCAUGGCCACAAUCAUGAUGAUAUGGGAAUGAAUGCUAUGAUUCUUCACGUUAUUGGUGAUGCUCUUGGAAAUGUUGGAGUUAUUGUCACUGCUUUGAUUAUCUGGUUGACUAACUGGCCUGGUCGUUUAUAUGCUGAUCCUGCUGUAUCACUCUUCAUCACCAUUAUUAUUCUUCGAUCUUGCAUUCCAUUGACCAAGGCUACUGCUCAAAUUUUACUACAAGCUACACCAGAUUCGAUUGACGUCGCACUUAUCAAAGAAGAUAUCGAAAACUUUGAUGCUGUGAAGGGUUGUCAUCAUGUCCACAUUUGGCAACUUAGUGACUCCCAACUUGUUGCAUCCAUGCAUAUACAAGUUGCCUUCCCAAUAGGAGAAGAUGGCGGGGAAAAAUACAUGCAGUUGGCAAAGGAGAUUCGAGAAUGCUUACACGGCCACGGUAUCCACAGCGCAACUCUUCAACCCGAAUUUUGUCUUGACAAAGAUCAUGACCAUAUCUUUAAUGGUUCGGUCGGAUUAGAUGGUCAAGUUCAAACCAAAUGUGGGAUGGAGGAUGAUGAUUCAUGUUUACUCGAAUGUAUCGAUAAUUGCAAGGGAAAGGGAUGUUGUUCGACACAGGCCGUAGAGCCUCAACAUGACCAUUCAGACCAUGAUGGUCAUUCUCAUUAGAAUUCUUUCAAUAUUUCCUUUGUUACGUAUCUCUCGUACAACGAAUAAGAUACUCGAUUUUCAUGUAGCUUUUUACUUGACUUGUUUCUUCUCUGGCAUUGCAAAUGGCAUUUUGGGACGAAUUGGGAGUGAAACGUACAUACAUAUACAGUCGAUUGACUUGAGCCUUAAUGAUUGGUGCGAGAAUUGCGAUGUGGCGUUUGGAGCAGGUCAAUUGACUUAUUUUUGCCGGGGAGAGAUAAUAAAAGGUAGGAAGGAAAUGGAUAUAGCAUCUAUUUUUUUCAGUACAAGACAGGAGUGAAGACUCUUAUAAGCGAGCUUCCUUGAAUGAGAAAUUUUGGUUAGAGCAGGUUUUGGAGGAUGGAGGGGAGGCAUGUUUUUUUUAAUGGUGUCGAAAAAUCAUAGGGUGAAGAGAGAACCUUUGUACAGUACAUAUGAGUCGUAGGGUAAAAAAGUUUCUUGGGUGGUUGUUGGGGUAGGGGAUGCCAUACGAUAUGAUGGAGAUGAGGUUGGGGGUUGAUGAGCAAU